AUGGCGGAUCUCGCCGUUGGCAUCUCCAAGGCGGCGGUGGAGGCGCUGGUGAGCAAGAUCCAGUCUGCCAUCAAGGAGGACGCUGAGAAGUGGCUGACCGUGCAACGUGACCUGGUGUUCAUCACGGGCGAGUUCGAGAUGAUGCAGUCCUUCCUCGACACCGUCAGUGAGGAGCAUGUCAAGAAUAAGAUCGUGGGGACAUGGGUGCGGCAGGUCCGCGACCUGUCCAACGACGUGGAGGACAGCAUCGAUUUCAUCCUCCACAUCGACACGACAAAGAGGUCGUGGUGGCUACGGCUGCUGCCGUCCUGUGGGGGCAAGGCGGGAGCGCUACUGCCGGUGGACGAAGCAGUGGCCGAGACAACGCUGCUCAGGGCCCGGGUGGUGGACGUGAGCCAGAGGAACAUACGCUACAACCUCAUUAGCGACUCUGGUUCCAAACCCCUGGCCCUGCCGCCGCAGGAAAUGGCUGCUGCAAGCACAAGGUUAUUUGGUAACAUUCUCCUCAAUGCCACUAAGAAGAAAAGUGGGCUCUCAGAUGAUCUUGCCGGAUUGAUCAUUAGGGAAGAUAAGGAACUUCAAGUAAUUUCGAUAUGUGGAACAGGAGACGAUCAUGGGAAAAUAUCCAUCAUCAGGAAGGCGUAUGGUGAUCAAAGGAUCCAUAAGAACUUUCAAUGUCGUGCUUGGGUGAAGCUACAGCAUCCGUUCAAUCCUCAUGAGUUCAUCCGAAGCUUGGUGGCUCAAUUCUACACAAACUCUUGCGAAGCACUAGGAGGAGAAGUUGUCGGCGUACGUGCCCUGACAAUGAUGGAGGGGAGCCAAGGUGCUUAUAGUCUCACCCAGGAGUUCGUGCAGCAGGUCAACAAGCAGAGAUACCUCGUCGUUUUGGAAGAUCUGUCCACCAUCUCACAGUGGGAUGACAUCAAGACAUAUCUACCCGACAUGAAGAACGGGAGCCGGAUCGUUGCGUCGACUCACGACCUCGAAAUUGCUAGCCUUUGUCCUGGGGAACCGUGCUUAGUAUCCGAGCUGAGGCAGUUUUCAGCUGAUCACUCGGUCUACGUCUUUUACAAGGAGGCUUUCCAAAAUGAUACAGUCCAUUCGUUUAUAAGGGAACGCAACUAUGGCCUUCUUGGGCGUGAGACACAAGUGAACAAACUUUUUGAGGAGUCCAAGAAACGUCGCCUUAUUUCAGUGUGGGGGAUGCCUGGUGUUGGGAAAUCAGUUCUUGUCCGAGCUAUAUAUGAUAAAUUCUACAAGCAUACUUGGGUGAAUGUAUCCCAUCCUUUCAAUCCCACGGACUUCAACCUGGACUUACUCAAGGAUUUGAUUGCAAAAUACGAGGACGUCCCAAUGGAAGAGUGUCGGGACAAUAUGCAAGACAGUAAAUGCCUUGUCGUCAUUGAUGGUUUGCGCUCCAAGGAUGACUGGGAUUUCAUAAAAUCUAACUUGAAAAAAUAUGGAGAUCCUCGAAGCUGUGUCAUUAUCGUUACUUCAGAUGAAAGUGUUGCCAAACAUUGUGCGCCAUCAUCUAAUGAUGCAGUGUACAACAUCAAAGGUCUAGAACCUGAUGCAGCCUGUGAACUGUUUAUAAAGGCGUUCGAUGAGGAAGUAUGGUUUCCGAUACUGAAAGAGUACAAGGUGGAAGAAGAAGCCAAACUUCUUUUGUCCAAGUGCGGUGGACUUCCCAGAGUUUUAAUUACCAAGUGCGGUGGACUUCCCAGAGUUUUAAUUACCGUGGCAAGAUACUUGGGAAGAUACUACAUGCGUUGGAUGAGGAAGGAUGUGUUGAAACUGGAGUCGAGGCGUCUGAAUGAUAAUAACUUGAUGCAGGAGCUGUCGACCAACCCAGAGUUCGAUUUCUUGCGGGACAUACAAGCCUGGAUGCAUUCCUAUUUUCAUGCCUGUCCUCGCCAUCUGAAGAAAUGCAUGCUGUAUCUAUCAAUCUUUUCACAGGACACCAUCAUUCGGCGAAGGCGUUUGAUCAGGCGAUGGAUCGCCGAGGGCUACUCAAAGGGCACCGACAGCAAUAGCGUGGAGAAGUACGCAGAGAAGAUGUUCGACGAGGUCGCCGCACUGAGCAUCAUGCAGCCAGUACUGGAGGCAGGCAAGGAGAUUGGGUACCAAGUCAACGUCUUCUUCCGUGAGUACGUCUUGUCAGCGCCAGUGGAAGAGACCAUUUUCUUUCCAGUGGAAGUCUCUGCACUGGAGAAGCAGGGGCAUGGCCGCCUGACCACAGAAGGCAUAGGACAGCACCUAGUCAUUGGGAGCACCUGGCAGAACGACCAGAUUUUGUUCGAGAGUUUGGACUUCUCACGGCUACGGUCUUUGACAGUAUUUGAUAACAUUUUUUGGCCAUACUAUGUGUCGGACAGGAUGAGGGUGCUUCGGGUGCUGGAUCUAGAGAACGCAAGGGAAUUAACUGAUAAUUACUUUAAGGGGAUUGAGGAGCUGCCAUCUCGUCUCAAGUUCCUGUCCCUAAGAGGACAGAGUGGAAUCUCUCAGCUGCCAGGAUCAGUGGGUGGCCUGUUGCAGCUGCAAACUCUGGAUAUCAGAGACACCUCCAUUGUCAAGCUGCCACCAUUCAUCACCAAGCUAAGGAAGCUGCAGUACAUUCGUGCAGGUUCCACGGUUGCAUGGAUGGACUAUGAGGAGGGAUCGAUGCCGCCAUCAAGUAACAGGUCGCAAACUCUGGCGUCCUGCUCGCCCAACAAGUUCCUCAGACGUGCUGGUGGACCUGUUGUUGGCUCUCGCAGUGGUGGUGUUGAGGUACCUAGAGGGAUUAAGAGACUGCAGGCCUUGCAAACGCUGGGUACCGUCUGUGUAAAUACCGCAGACGGGGAGGCCAUUCUGGAUGAAAUCCUUUUCUCUUGUACCCUUCCCCAGUUGAAGAAACUCGAAAUCUCUGGCAUCAGUGGCAAACCGGGAAGAUUUUCUUUUCAUUACAAUUUAAGCUUCAAGAAACAUUUGGAAUCCUUGACACUGCAGUUCGAGAAACACAACCAUUUCGUUCAUUGGCAAGACAUCUCCUUUCCCACAAACCUACGGAGCCUCAAGAUGUACGGCCAUGUAGAGGAGCUGCCAGGGGACAUCAAGAAUCAUGAUAAUCUGGUGAAGCUGACAUUAGAGAUGACUACACUGUUCACAGCAGAGGUCAUAGAGGUCCUCGGGAGCAUACCAAAUCUGCAGACUCUACGCCUCCACGUCAACAAGGAUCAAGAUGGUGAGCUCCAAUUUCCCUACAGAUACCCUUUCAGCGUCAACAAGGAUCAAGAUGGUGAGCUCCAAUUUCCCUACAGAUACCCUUUCAGGAAACUCCAGGUCCUCGAGAUUGCCUGCAAAUCCAAGUUGCAUCUAAGGUUUCACGAGGGUGCGAUGCAGAAACUUGAACAUCUGAAUCUCAGCUUCCUUGAAGGGUCAGAGAUGCAGUUUUCUGGGCUAGAGCACCCAGUUUCCCUCAAGCAAGUAUGGCUUGUUCUGGGUUCCUACGACGAGGCACUCAAGGAAGCAGUCCUGCAGCAGCUUGCCAAGAAUCUGAAGAAGCCUGCUCUGAAGCUGGAGGUUCAGCCACGUUCAUCCCAGGCGUCAAGAUCCUAA